AGCCACACUUCAGGAGGUCGGUACAAGUGAAUUUUAAGCAAUUAAUGUAAUGUACGGAAUUUCAUAGGCGAUUGUGGUUUCAUCAUUGGGGUUUUUUUCCUCGUUUUUGCAUUCUUGGAAGAGAAAGAGGCUUGUUAAGUGACUCUCUUCCCCCUCCUCUUGCGUCUUCUCUCUCGGUAUGGCGGAACACAUGAUGGUGUCAAUGAAUCCCGGGCGGUUUCCUGAUGCUACCAACGGACUCCAGACUUACCGCAUGGGGAUAAACGGGCUGCAGAACCCGCAACACCCGCAACCUGGAUUAAGGCGAGACCACCCCAGCGCCCCGCUCCUGCACUACGGAGGGGCUAGCAUAGACUCGAACGGGAGUAUGAGAGGUCGCCCUGGGGUGGGAAACCUAGCCGGACAGAUGACCCACCACCCAAUGUCCACCAGCGUGAUGUACAGCAGCCAGCAGCAGCAGCAGCAACAACAGUUUCUGGGGACUCUAAGCCCUCAACAGCUCAUGGCUACAAUGCACUUACAAAAACUGAACAACCAAUACCACGGUCACCCGCUGAUUGGGAUGAACAACGGGAUGGUGAACAGCAGCCAGCAGUACCGGGGUCCCAUGAACCCGACCCCUCUGCCUGGGAUCCCACACGUCGCUGCCCCUUCCCUCUCCUUGAACGUUAUGGACACCGACCUCAUUGACGAGGACGUUUUAACAUCGCUGGUGUUGGAGCUCGGCUUGGAUCGCAUUCAGGAGCUCCCGGAACUCUGGCUGGGACAGAACGAGUUCGAUUUCAUUUCAGACUUUGUCAAUAAACAGCAGCCCAGCACCGUGAGCUGUUGAGAACGGCCUGCCCCCCUUCCGUCUUUAGCCGGGGAAGGAGGGAAAUGGGUGGGAGGAAGGUAACCAGUCAGUUCCUUUUUAUAACACCCCCCCCCCCCCCCCCCCCAAACCUGGCACCUGGAAAGAAAAAGGGGUCAUUUUUGGGAAAGUGGACGCUGUCUAUCUUCGUACACCCAGGCAUCAUUGUCCCUCUUUUAAACAGGCAGCUGGCCCUUUGGGAGUGUAUUUUGGGGGUGGGGAGGGGGGGAAAGGAAUGCGUAAACCACCUGAAACCAGGACUGAUCCAGAAGCAAUCCAUAUCGCAACAAAAGCAAAACAACAUUCCCAAGUAAUUCUCUUCUGACGCGAGAGGCUUCGGUGCAAUUUCAACCUGAUCACUUUUAGCUAUGUCCAUUGGCACAAUGACUUGCUGUCUGUAAUUUUGAUUAUAAUUUGAUUGAAAAUGCUUUUUUGAUUAGAACAUAGCCAGCAGUUGUGGGGAGGGAGAUGGGGAUGAAAUUCCAGCUGCAAAAAAAAUCAUUGUUUCUCAAAGAACAGCAUUGCUGCCUGUUAAAGGAAUUACUUGAGACUUCAGAACUUUCACCGUUCCGAUCUAAAUUUUUUCUUUUGGAAAACUCUGCAGAGUAUUAGCUGUAUCGUGUAUAAAUAUUACAAACAAGGUAGACUUUGAGAAUGGAGCUGUUUUAUGACGGAUGCAAUCGUGUAUAACUUUAACUAUUUUAUGAACAAGAUCAGUGUAAAGUCGAGUUGUACUUUAUGUUUGACCGCUGGAUUAUUUUUGCUUUUUUUGGAGUGUUUAAUUUCGACUACUGCCAGUUGCUACCGCCACCCACUGUUCAGGAUAGAGAAUUGCAACUCCUCAUUGUUGAUCGAUGAAGCGAGACACAAACGAAUAAAGACUUUUUUUCCUUUUGAA